AGACUAAAAUUACAAACUGUUUUCUGCUCGUUUUUUCCGUCUGAAAGAUUCAGAAACUUUAUCUCUUCGUGGUUAAUGGAACAUAUUUAACCCUUCAAAUGAAAGGCAGACCUCGGUACUUCUGUAGGUUUUAUUUCACGAACAGCCGCGGUGUUCAGCCGCUAAAAGCUUUUGUUUACAUUCAGUGGAGGUGGUUAGCUUGUUUCCACUUUGUUAUUAGCACAGUUUGAUUAGCUGCUAGUUAGUUUUCUGUAUUUUCUGAGCAUAUUAAAAACUCUUUUAGCCAAUAGAUAUGUCAACAGGAGUUUGAUGUUUUUCAUGUUUGAGACCGAAGAAACUGAGCUCAUCUUCUACAAYAGUUGGACAGAAACUCAGCCAUGAUGAUAGGUGUCUACAGCAGGCUGACUUCCUGACGUGACCCCUGGGAUGUCCUCUUUCCGGGUCAGYCAGGGUUCAGAGAGACCUCUCGGUGGGACACAUCUCUUCCUCUGUCUUCCUGCUCAAAGCCUGUAGAGAUGGAGUGUGGGUCUGUCAGGAGGAAGGUGGGCUGUGUGCGUCAGGAGAACGCCUGCCUGACCCCACAGGACGAGCAGCUCAUCAGUGACCCACAACCUUUGUAYGACGAUCCAGCAGCCUUUAAGUCACAGGUUCUUCCCAGAAGCUCGAGGGUUGGGUUUAACAGCAGCCUGGCAGCCAUGAGUGAACAGAUUCAUCAGCUUGAAACAGAGUUGGAGGCUCAAACUAAAGAGCUAAAGGCAGCAGAACUGAGGGCAGAGUGUUUUCAGGAAGCAGCAGCCCACAGUGAUGUUGUUGUGGCGAYGCUUUCUGAGGAGCUGGAGACGCUCAGAGACGAGCUGGACAACAGGACAGCAUCAGGACAGAGGGCUGAGCAACAAAGGAACCAAGCUCUUCAAAAUGCAGAGAAACUCAAAGAAGCUUUUAAAGAUUAUAAAAAUACRAUUUCUGUUAAGCUCCAAAAGGUGAUGGAAAGUGAAAGCAAACUGAAAGAGAGUCUGAUCGAGUGUGACAAACAGAAAGAAGAACUGGAAAUGAAGUUUUCAGUGUUGGAMAGUGAGAAGGCAGAACAGAGCCGGACUGUCAGCCGGCUGCAGAAGGAGCURCAGCAGGCCACAGCUGCUGCUGUUGACCUCCAAGCCCAGGUGGAGGACGCUGGACGAAAAGCCUCUCAGCUGGAGCGGCAGCUUGUGGAGCGAAGUGCAGARUCCAGGGAGCUGGAGGAGCUGCGGACUCUGACCCGCAGCCAGGAACAGAGGGCCACCCAGAGCCUCAGAGAGGCUSAGCAGAACCAGGCAGAGCUGGCCAGCCUGGAGGCCAUACUGGCUCUGCUGCACCUUCGAGAGGGUCCAGAGGGGCCUCUCUGUACCUGUCCUUGCAUGCUGCCCCCAGCAGAUUAUUCUGGAACUGCACACCUGCUUCAACUGAAACCAGGUGAGGGCUACCAGCAGCUGCUGAGGCUGUUGCAGUGGAAGGAGGCUGAGAGGAUGAAACAGAGCUGCCUGAAGGAGCGGCUUCAGGAGCGUCUGAGCAGAGCGCAGGAGGAGAUCUGCUCCCUGCAGAACUCCAUGUCCCAAAGAGCCCUGCACUACCAGAACCUCCACACGGAGCUGCUGAACAAAGACACAGACACAGAGAAGGAGCUAAAGAGAAAAAGUGCGCGAGUAGCUGCUCUGGAGAAGCAGCUGCAGGAGAAAACCUCAGCGUACAGUCUGGCUGCACUGAAGAACACUGAGCUGGAGAGUCAGCUGCAGGAGAAGACCAGUGCCCUCCAGCACCACCAGUCUCUGAUGACCAGAAAACAAAGAGAGUACCAGCAGGCUCUGGAAAAGUGUAAACAGUCUCAUUCCAACCAGCUGACAGAACAACAACACAGAGUAGAACUAAUAAGUGAGCUGCAGUCAGACCUGUCGGCCUGUAGAGAAGAGCUGAACUCUUACAGGCUCCACGUGGAGGAUGUCAAGAACAACUAUGAGACCGAGCUGCAGAAGAAACAUGACAAGGUGUCCUUCCUGCAGGAGAAGCUCCACAGCAUCACCUCUGUUCACCAGAGCUGCAGUGAGCAGAACCUGCAGCUGCAGGUGUGUCUGCAGCAGCAGCAGACCAUGCUGACUGAGAGCACGGCUCGGGUGUCUGAGCUGGAGGAGAGCCAGAGCCAGCUGCAGAGACAGCUGUCCGGUCUGGAGCAGCAGCUGGAACGAGCUCGGGUGUCUCAGCAGGAGGAGGCGAGGAGCAGAGAGCAGGAGGCACAGGUGACCUCCAAGAAGCUGCAGGAGACGAAGCAGCAGAACUCAGAGCUGUCUGAGUCCAUCAGCCGUCUGACUUCAGACAUGAAGAUGUGUGAAGCUGAGCUGGCUGCCAAGGAGUCUGUGUUGGAGCGCCUGAAGAGAGAAUUUUCCAUCAAGACGGCUCAGAUUGGAGAGCUGGAGGAGAACCUGCAGCACACUAAGAGCCAGCUGGUCACCAAGACKUCACUGGUCGAUCGUCUGGAGGAGAAGCUCCAUCGCUGUGAGGCAGACCGGAUCAGCUGUUCACAGAAAGCCCAGAUCCUGGAGAGACGGUCACACACGGUGCAGGAAGAGCUGGCUGACACCCUGGAACAGUUCAAGGAGCUCAGAGACGUCCUGCAGAAAAGCCAAAGCACCUCUGAAGAGCGGCGAGCACGAGUGGACGAACUGACCGAGCAGCUUGGGGAGGUCCAGAGGCAGCUGGAGGASAGGACUCGUGAGGUGUUGGAGCUGGACUGUGCACUGACAGGACGGCAGGGGGAGCUCCAGCAGAGAGCAAAGCUGCUGGGUCAGCUGGACGUGGCCAUCAGAGAGCACAGGCAGGAGAUGGAGAGGAAGGUGGAGUCUCUGCAGCAGAGUCUGGAGGCCAAAGAGCUGGAGCUGAGAGAGGCUCAGAGGCAGAUCCUGAACAGAAACACAAAGGAGGCCCAGCUGUUCAGUGUGGAGGAGGAGCUGACUCUGAAGGAGGCACAGUGGCUGCAGGAGGAGGCCCGGCUGCAGAGCACCGUCACUGCUUUGGAGCAGGAGCUGGAGCUGGAGAAGGAGCAGCAUGGCAAGGAGCUGGAGUCUCUGCAGCAGACUCGAGGUCAGCUCCUCAAAGUGUCGGAGCAGAUCUCCUCCACCAUGCGCUCCUCCCAGGAGCAGCUCACCGUUCAGCUGCAGCAGAGCCAGACCCAGCUAGAGGAAGCCACGACGCGUUACAACCAGAUUAAAACCCAGCUGGACCAAGCUCACGCUGAGCUGGAUCACACCCGCAGCCAAGCCCGUCUGCUCCAAACCCAGCUGGAGCAGACGAGAGUUCAGAACGGUCACCUCAGAGUCCAGUUCAACCAAAGCAGAGCGCAGGUCGCUCAGCUCCAGAGUCAGCUCCAGAGUCAGCUCCAGAGUCAGCUCCAGAGUCAGCUCCAGAGUCGGCUCCAGACUCAGCUCCAGAGUCAGCUCCCUGCUGCUGAGGAGGCUGUGGAGACACCGGCUGCUCCUCUGCUCAGUAAGGACUCUGAGGCGACCCAUGUCCAGGCCAGGACUUCAAGUCUGGGACRAGCUGCUGAACAACAGAAGCUGAUGGCUCACACACACUCACUUCCUGUCCUGCACACAGGUACAGACCCGUCAGAACCCUGCACCUCUGCUCCCUCACCUGUCAGACAGCCACAGACAGCUGGGCGCUCUCCGGACCACCCUCUGACACRCACGCAGCCCGCUCACACAGGUCCUCAGCCCAGCUCGGCCCUCCAGCUGUCUGAGAGCCACUCAGCCUGCGACUGGCUUCACAGCAGCCUCAGCUCCUCCCUGGACCUCCCCCUCAGCCUUAAAGCCACCAUGAGAGAGGUUUUCAACAAGAGGGCUUGGAGGUCCUCAUCUCCCUCAGCUUCUUCCUUCUCAGAAACAAUGGACCACAGCUGGCAGGGGCUCAGCGCCACAGAGACCAGCACAGUUUCUGACCUGUCCUUCAACCCUCUGACCUACAUGGUGGACAAACAGAACGAUGGAGAACUCAGCACGGAGGCUCUCGCAGAGCAGGAAGCAGAYGACGAGCAGCAGAGAGAGAACAUGACGGGGUCUGUGAGCACYGUGGUGGGUCAGCAGGAGGACCCUGAUGUCACCUCACUGGAAGGGAUGCUGAARUUUGUAAACCAGACUCUAGCCAUGCAGGAGGAUCCUUCUGUGUGGAGCUCCACAGAGAGAGUCCAGACCUGACAGGUUCUGCACUGCAGGUAGAACCACUCCUCUGAGCUGACCCACCAACAAACACUGACUGACAACAGGUUCAAAACAGGUUCUGAACAUGUUAGAACAGGUUCUGAACAUGUCAGAACAGGUUCUGAAUGUGUUAGAACAGGUUCUGAACGUGUUAGAACAGGUUCUGAACGAGUUGGAACAGGUUCUGAACGUGUUAGAACAGGUUCUGAACGUGUUAGAACAGGUUCUGAACGUGUUAGAACAGGUUCUGAACGUGUUAGAACAGGUUCUGAACAGGUUCUGAACGUGUUAGAACAGGUUCUGAAUGUGUUAGAACAGGUUCUGAAUGUGUUAGAACAGGUUCUGAACGUGUCAGAACAGGUUCUGAACUUGUUAGAACAGGUUCUGAAUGUGUUAGAACAGGUUCUGAACGUGUUAGAACAGGUUCUGAACGUGUUAGAACAGGUUCUGAACGUGUUAGAACAGGUUCUGAAGGCAUUAGAACAGGUUCUGAAGGCGUUAGAACAGGUUCUGAACGUGUUAGAACAGGUUCUGAAUGUGUUAGAACAGGUUCUGAUUGUGUCAGAACAGGUUCUGAACGUG